UUAAUCAGUCAUGAGAAUGAGUCCCGGUGGUCACUGGGCAGUGUAAAAGUCGUCAGUCACCGCCAUUUUGAGUUUAUGUCCGGCAUUUGGGAUUGUUUGGAAGGAAGAUAAACUUGUAAUUAAGUGAAAAUGUUGGCACUUGGACCCAAAAAAGAUGGUGGACCAAAUAUCAAAUUCUUUGAAUCGCCUGAAACAAUUUCAUUGUUUGAUGGGAUCAAAUCGUGGCUUCAAAAGAAUUGUAAAAAGUAUGUCCAAACUGAUCCUCCGACCAGCAAAGGUUUGGCACAACUUGUGAUCCAGCUCAUACAGUUCCAAGAAGACAAUCUUGGUAAAAAUGUCAGCAAACCCCCUCUUACACGCUUACCAAUGCGUUGUUUCCUGGACAUGAAGCCAGGAGGGGCUCUAUGCCACCUAUUGGCUACGGUAUAUAAAUUCAAGAGUGAACAGGGUUGGCGGAGAUUCGAUUUCCAGGUUAGUAAGAGUCCCUCUCGGAUGGACCGGAACGUGGAGAUGUUCAUGAAUGUAGAGAAGGCCUUGGUGCAGAAUAAAUGUCUGACAAUGCCUAUUGCCUACAUCAGGCCAGAUGUGGACAAGGCGAAUGCUUCACGGGUCAGAGACAUCAUUAAGAGACACCAAGGAACAGUCACCGAGAACGAAACAGAGGCCACCCACAUCAUCUACCCAGUGUGUGAUCCCCUAGACGAGGAGUAUGCCAGGCCCUCCCUCAAGCGUGACCGGAUGGUGCUCAUGCACUGGUAUUACUUCCCGGACUCCCAUGACUCGUGGAUAUCUGCAGACCUGCCUUUGGACCCGCCCGACAGCCCGCAACCCCACACAACUCCUUGGCGGGUGUCAGCGUCAUGGGCCCUGGAUCUGGAUCAGUAUAAUGAGUGGAUGAAUGAAGAGGAUUACGAAAUGGAUGAAAGUGGGAGAAAAAAAGUGCACAAGCUCCGUUUGUCUGUCGAAGAUCUGAUGAGUCAAGGUGACCCUGAUAAAUCUAAGAAGAAACAGAAGAGAAAACGUUCCCCUUCUCCACCUCCUCUAAAAGGGAAGAGAAAAAGUGGCCGCAGUCCAGCUGUGGGCACCAAGAAGUCAAAGUCAGAUGAUGCCGACGAUGAGGGUGAUGACUUGACCAAGGAUAUGGCGGAGCCUGUGCCAGAACCAAACAUCACUGAGGUUCCUGUCCCUAAACCUGGAGUAUCACUCUCGAAAAAAGACAUAGACACACAGCCGAUCAAGAGUGGUACGAUGACUGAUUUGGACGAAGAAGGCGAAAAGAAUGAGGACAGUCAGCCGGUGAAGACCCCAGACCCACAGAGCUCUCAGGAGGGAGUGAUAAAGGAGAAGGAUAAAGAGAAAGAGGAUGGUGUGGAAGACAAUGUCACAGAACAGACCCACCACAUUAUCAUCCCCAGCUACUCGGCCUGGUUUGACUACAAUUCCAUCCACACAAUAGAAAAGAGGGCAUUGCCUGAGUUUUUCAACGGCAAAAACAAGAGCAAGACACCAGAAAUCUACUUGGCAUACCGGAACUUCAUGAUAGAUACCUACAGACUCAACCCCACUGAGUACAUAACAAGUACAGCGUCACGCAGAAACUUGGCUGGUGAUGUAUGUGCUAUCAUGAGGGUACACGCUUUCCUGGAGCAGUGGGGGCUUAUUAACUAUCAGGUGGAUGCCGACAGCAGACCUACCCCAAUGGGUCCACCCCCCACCUCUCACUUCCACGUGUUAUCAGACACACCGUCUGGACUGCAGCCUGUCAAUCCUCCCAAGACCCCUCAACCCUCUGCUGCCAAGACGCUCCUGGACAUGGACAAGAAACUGGACGGUACUCCUAAGAAAGCAGACAGUGAUUUGGGCAUGAAUUUUGGCCUCAAAUUGGAUCAAUAUGCUCGUAAGCCGGCGGUACUACGCAACAAGACAGCGGCCAAUCUGACGCGUGAUUGGACUGAACAGGAGACCUUGCUGUUGCUGGAGGCCUUGGAACUGUACAAGGAUGAUUGGAACAAGGUUUGCGAACACGUGGGCUCACGCACACAGGACGAGUGUAUCUUACACUUCCUACGGCUGCCGAUCGAGGACCCUUACCUAGAGGACCAUGAGGCUGGUGGUGCACUGGGUCCUCUUGCAUACCAGCCUAUCCCCUUCAGCAAAGCUGGUAACCCUAUUAUGUCUACUGUGGCAUUUUUGGCUUCCGUAGUCGACCCCCGAGUAGCUGCCAGUGCCGCCAAGGCUGCCAUGGAGGAGUUUGCCAACAUUAAGGAUGAAGUUCCAGCAGCUCUCAUGGAUGCUCACAUAAAAAAUGUAGAAGCUUCUACUACUGAUGGCAAAUUCGAUCCAGCAGCAGGUCUUGUGCAGAGUGGUAUAGCGGGAACAGUUCCAGAAAAAGAUGAGGAAGCGGAGAAAGAGAAGAAGGAAGGGGAGCCAUCCAAAGAAGGAGAAGACCCAAAACAGAACGGUGAAGAAUCAGCUCCUGAUGCUUCUGCUAUUGUGAAAAAAGAGGUUGAGAAACCAGCAGAGCCGGCACCAGAGCCAAUGGAGGAGGACAAAAAGGAGGAAGAAGGUGUAGAGGUAGCGAAGGAGGAAACAGAGAGGGAGAAGUUGGUGAAGGAUGCACAGCUUCAAGCGGCUGCUGCGGCAGCUCUAGCAGCAGCAGCAGUGAAGGCAAAACACCUUGCUGCUGUGGAGGAGCGAAAAAUAAAAUCACUGGUUGCGCUACUGGUGGAGACACAAAUGAAGAAAUUGGAAAUCAAACUGAGGCACUUUGAGGAGUUGGAGACGACGAUGGAGAAGGAAAGAGAAGGUUUGGAGUACCAGAGACAACAGCUGAUACAGGAGAGGCAGCAGUUCCAUCUUGAGCAGCUGAAAGCUGCAGAGUUCCGUGCAAGGCAGCAGGCUCACCAGCGACUGGCUGCAGAACAACAACAGACCCCUUCUACAACUCCCACACCUCCCUCACCGCAAGCAGUACCCACCCCACAUCCUGCAGCCACCUCACCCUCUCCCAACCAGUAGACAGUGACUGCUGCAGCCUUUAUUUUACUGUAUUCAACAUUAUUUCCUUUUAUACAACUUUUGAUGUCUAUUUUAAAAGUAUUUAUUUUACUAGUAUUAAAAAAGUUUCCAUUAUGAGAAUGGAUGUUUUA